AUGUCCCUGAAACUACCCAUCAACAAAAAGACAAAAAUGUCAGAUCUUAUCAACUAUCGUCUAAGGAUUUUGACUGUUGACAAUCGAACGUAUGUUGGUUCACUCUUGUCGUUUGACAAGCACUUGAAUCUUGUAUUAUCUGACACUGAAGAGUCAAGAAUCACGAAGAAGAGCUGGAUUGAGAUGAAAAACAAGAGCCAGAAAGAGGGCAAUACCAAUUCGCUAGCCCUGACACAAACACAGGCACUGGCACCGGCACAGGCUUUGAAUCUCAACCUUAACGCACCAUUAUUCCCUACAGAGACCGAGAAACCCAAAUUCAAGCCCAACUUAACUAGAAGACACCUAGGUCUAAUCAUUUUACGGGGCGAACAGAUUGUGAGUCUAUCGAUCGAGACUGGGCCUUUGACAGACAUCAAAACAAGGGUGUCCACUGGCAAGGGAACCAGCCGACCUCUAAAGCAACCGGUGAGCAAGUUAAAGAAGCUAGCAUAA